GACGGCAGAUUGCAAGCUUAUUAUAAGAAAUCUGUGAACGUUGCCAGAUUCGUGUGCGUAAAAAUAUUUGGCGCGUACAGGCGAAAGUCGGGCGAGUAAUUAAAAAAAUAUUUAAAGAAAAUAUCUAAACAAGUUUCUCACGCUAAAGUAAGAAAAUGCAUUAAGCCCAUUGCGGAGUCGAGUUAAAAACAAACAAGAAAAAUAAAAACAGUGAUUAUUGUGUCAGUGUCAGUGUCACGAUGCCUGCCACGCCCACAAUUGUGUUUGAAAACGGCACCGUGCUGGGCGCCAUGAGCAGCGAGCCAAGGAAGUUGGCAGCGCCGACAGCAGCGUUUGUCAUACCGGAAAUUGUGAUUAGCGCCAGCAGCAGCAACAGCCUCCAACGCAGUCGCAAUGACAUUGGAAACGAAGAAAUCGCUGCCGAAUCCACAGCACUGCUGCAGUAUCAGCAGCAGCAACAGCAGCAGCAGCAACAGCAGCAGCAACAGCAGCAACAGCAGCAGCAACAGCAGCAACAUCAGCAGCACCAACAGCAGCAGCAGCAACAACAGCAGCAACAACAGCAGCAGCAGCAACAGCAGCAGCAACAACAGCAGCAGCAGCAACAGCAGCAGCAACAGCAACAGCAGCAACAGCAGCAGCAACAGCAGCAACAUCAGCAGCACCAACAGCAGCAGCAGCAGAGCUGCGAAGAGGAUAAUGAAUUUGAGCAGUUUAUAUUGAAUCGCACCACAUCGGAGAGUAACAUGCUCGAAUCGAGUAUUUACAGCGAGUUGCAAUUUGGUGCGAAUGCUGCAACACCCACCAGCAACCCCCUCAACACUAGCGCCUGUUCGCGCAGCGAUUCGCGGCAGAGCAAGCGAACGCGUCGCAAGUUGCACAACAAGGCGAAGAGUAAAUGCGUCGAUGGUGGCAGUGGUGUGGUGGGUGUUGCAGCUGCAGCUGCUGGCGCUGGCGUCACAGUUGCAGGUAACGGCGUUGCGCCACCUGUUGUUGGCACCUAUCCGCCACAAUAUACGGCCAUCUUUCUGGAUCACCACAAUCAUCAUCAUCAUCAUGCUGCGGCCGCUGCGAAUGCGAUGGCAAACGCUGCUGCCGCAUCUCCUUUCCUCAACACCAAUCCGGAGAAUGCGGCGGCUGCUGCCAACUAUUUGCAAUACCAUUCGUACUAUCAGCAACGGCCAAUGGGCCUAAGUCAUUCGCAUGCUGGACAUCAUCAUCUGCAUCAUGCGCGCAGAACGCUCUUGGACGUGGCUGUACCGCUGGCCGGUGGCAGUGGCGAUAUUGCCAGCAAUUUGACGAGUGCCAAUCUGAACAUCUCAGCCGCUGGCACUGCCAGUGGUGCGUUGAGCAGCGCUGAGCUCGGCGGGGCUCCGCUCGGCUACAGUUUUCGCAAAUGGUUCGCGCGACCCUCGCUGCCCUUUGUCAUUGGGAUCUUUGCGCUGGGCGGCGUUGCCUGCACGCUUGGUGGCAUUGUGCUGGGCUCCACGGGUCUGAUUGAGCACUCCACACAGUAUCUGAGUGCGGCGCUGCUGAUGAUUGGCAUUGGUGUCUCACUGCUGGUCAUCUCCGGCGCCAUUUGGCGUCUCAGUCUGCCGGAUGAUGUCGAUGAUUGUCCGUGCUUUAGGCGCAUGGAGACCUGUCGCAAUUGCAACAGUCCGCAUUGCACCAAUCGCCUGCUGCCCGGCAGCUAUCUCUAUCCGGAGUUCCAGCAUCGACCGCCGCCGCCAUCGUAAUCUCACCUCGCUCAAUGAAUACGCCUUUGUCUAUCAUCCCAGUGCGGCGCAUCCACAGGCGGCAUAUGCUGCAGUCCGCAUGAAUACCCCGCCGCCGUUGUACCGCUCCACAUACUCCCUGA